CGAAAACUCACGAGGGUGACCUGUCACAAACGAGUAUGGCUGCCGCGAAGUUAAACCCAGAGAUUUUGGAAAUAAUAUUUUCAUAUUUAAGUAUAUCUGAUCUAAGGAAUUGCUCAUUAGUUUGUAAAGAUUGGUAUAAAUUUUUGAACGACGAAAAUAAUGAUGUGUGGAGAUUUCACUGUGUCAGGAAACUGGCGGAGGAGGCUUUAAAAUCUGACUUGUUAAAAAAUGUUCCUACAUACAAAGCGAAAUUACGCGCAUUUUAUCAUGCAUGGAAUCCAAAUGAUUGUUCAAAGAACAUGUACGUUAAAUCCAAAGGGUUCUCGGUGCAUCGGAACCCUAUCGCACAAAGUACAGACGGUGCACGGGGUAAAAUUGGUUUCCGGUCAGGCCGCCACUGUUGGGAGGUGUGGUGGGAGGGACCAUUAGGGACUGUCGCUAUGAUUGGACUGGCUACCAAAUAUGCUCCUAUGCAGUGUCAUGGAUAUGUAGGAUUACUAGGUGCAAAUGACCAAACGUGGGGUUGGAAUUUAGUGGAUAACUAUCUUCUACACAAUGGAGACAGUCAAGGAAAUUAUCCUACAGUAAACAAUGCACCUAAAUAUCAGGUGGGGGAGAGAAUUCGAGUGAUACUUGACUGUGAAGACAAUACGUUAGCAUUUGAAAAGAACUAUGAAUUUUUAGGUGUGGCUUUCCGUGGGUUACCAGACACGCCCCUGUAUCCUUCCGUAUCAGCAGUGUAUGGCAAUACCGAGAUCUCAAUGGUGUACUUAGGUCCGCCUCUAGACGGAUGACGUCAGGUCCACGCACUAGCACAAUCCACCAAUAGGAAUCAAUACAACAGAUCUUAUGCUCCACAGUGGAGAUGUGAGUCUCCGUUUAAGGGGACGGCCAUUUUCCUCCGCGCGAGAGGAGACUGGAAAUUUCCAUUAAGUUUGAGUCAAAUCCAGUGAGAAUCAUGUAUUACCGAGAUUUUCUUAUGUUACUUUUGCUGGACCAAAAGUAGUAAAAUGUAUCCAUUCUAUGUGUCUCUCAUUACUGCUGCUGUACAAGAUUACAGGGAAUUUGUAGGACAACAAGAGCAGACAUUCUAACUGUGUGUGUGUAUGUAGAUUUAUAAAUAGCGUUUGUGUUUUCGGUCUUGGACUGAGAUUUUUAUGAGAUAUGUCUGAGAUAUGAGAUUUUAUAUGACAUGCUUGUGUGCUGUGCUGUAGCAGUGUUAACCAUGUUUAUUCUUCUUCUUCUUUUUUGUAUUAAAAACCCUUCCGAUGCUGAUGUCCAAGUGCUAUAUUGUAGCCUUUCAUAAUUUUAGUAUUUAACUUAGUGAAAAGUAUAUAAAAACUGCUUAAUGAGAAUAAUUGGUAUGUCCUGGAUUCCACAUGUUUUGUUUUUUUUAGUAUUUAUAUUAAGAGCAUAGAUUAAGAGUUCUUGUCCCUUAAACUAUAAAAAAUAUCAUGUAUUGAUCCUAUUAUUUUCAACAUUUGUCUCCACGAUAUCAAAUAAAAAAAUUAAAUGUGUGCAUGUGUGGAAUGUUUUGUAAGGUCUCUCGAUACUAACUAGUCAUAAGAUUUUUUUCCCCCCAUAAAAUAUGUAUGAUCCAUGAUCAUACUAGUAGAUGUAUAUCAGAUGAAGCUGUGUAUUUAUGAUUGUGUAAAAAAAAAAAUAGUUGAGAGAAAUUUCAUCAAGUUUUCUUUUGCCAGCUACCUAAGUUGGAGGAUUUAGUUUCAAUUUGUAUGCCUGAAAAUUUUUUUUACUUUUGAAUCUUAUUGACUGGAGGAAAGCUAAUCUUACAAGCAGGGCAGUUUCAUUUUAUUCUGAGAUAUGCAUGUAAAUAUUUUAAGAGAACAAUAAAAUCAAACUUUUCAUAUGUAAGUUUUCAGAAAUAUGUACAAAAAAUUUUUGUAACAGUUUCAAAAAGGUGUUUUUUGUAAUGCAUUAUUCAUUUAAUCAUUACAUGCUUGAUUUAAUAGAAUUUUACAUUCACUUCCAGAAGUACAUGUAUAUUAUAAAAUGUAUGUAUGAAAUAUGUAAAUGUAAAUGCAGAAAUGAGUGAUGUACAGGGUAUAAAUGUAAAGGAUUGGUUAUGUCUGGGAAAUGGAAUUAAAUAGGAUGUAAUAGAAGAUGUACAAGUGAAAAUGAUGUCAUGCAUAUUUGUAUAUGCUACAGAUACAUUGUAUGAUUAUAAAACUCAAUGAAGGUUUUAAUAAAAUUUCUCAGAAACAA